UGAGCAGUGAGGAGCCUGCUGGAAAACCAAGGAGCCGUGUGGGGACCCCAGCAGCGGGGUCCCUUGGGGAUGGGCUCCCAGCGGGAUGGGUGCGAGCACUCGUUCCCCUUUAAGACGCUGUUUCUCCGUGCCAGAGCCUGACCUCGGCAUCCUCAGCUGAGCUGGAUUAACGGGGCGAGGGGGAAGGGGCCUGCGGAGGGGACUGGGGCUGCUGCUGCCUCCCGGGGCUCCCCGCACUCCCGGCGCGGCGGGCAUGGCCCUCGGGUGGGCUCCGGCGCUGGGCUGCCACGUGUAGAGCUGGCACUGCCACCACCCCCGCCCCGGAGCGUGGAGCAGGGGUCCCCACGCCGCCCCGGGGCCCAUGGGGGCAGCUGGGGAGGAGCGGGUGGUGGCGCUGGGGGGCACAGGGCACUGGGCAGGCUUUUAGCCAGGCUGCGCCAGGAACCUCCUGCUGCCAUGAAAGACUUCACCGAAAUCACGCUUUGCCCCGAGGCUCUGGACGGCAGCAAGACCGAGUUCUGCAACCCCGUUUUUGAGGGCGAGGAGCCCCGAGCGGCACCGAGCGCGGAGCACCCGCCGGACAAGGAUGGGACCGGCCCCGCACCGCGCCGGGACGGCCUCGGCCAGCAGCUGUGGGCACAGGUGGGCUGGAGGUACCGCGCCGACUGCAAGUUCACCUGGCUCUGCGUGGCUCUGAUGAGCGCCAUCCUGCUCUUCCUCAUCGCCCUCCUGCUCGGCAUCGUCAUCCACCAGCUGACGUCCCCACAUCCCCCCGGCACCCCGGCCACGGCCCUGCCCGCCCGCGGCACUGCCACCACCGCCACAGCACCCAUCCGAAGGGACCCCCCGGCCCCCAAAACAGCUGCCACCCCAACCGAGAGCGGGCUACCCACGGCCCGCACAGCAGCACCGGCCUGCGGAGGGACCCUGCGGGGCCCCGAGGGCUCCUUCAGCUCCCCCAACUACCCCGGCCCCUACCCCCCCAACGCCCUCUGCAUCUGGCGCAUCGAGGUGAGCGCCGGCCUCGCCAUCCAGCUGAGGAUGGAGACGUUCAGCGUGGAGAGCACGGCCUCCUGCCUCUUCGACCGCCUGGAGCUCUACGAAGAGCCGGGCACCGGUGGCACUGCCCCUGCCCCUGCUCGGGACAGCCCGACCAGGUUUUGUGGCAACGUGCCCCCCCCGACCAUCAACACCGACUCGAACCGCCUGCGGGUCACCUUCGUGUCCGACAGCAGCGUGGGCGCCCAGGGCUUCAGCGCCCGCUACCGCGCCGUGGCCCCCGCCGAGAAGAGCUGCGCCUGGGACGAGCACUUGUGUGACCGCGGGCUCUGCCUCCAGCUGGGCUUCGUGUGCGACGGCUUCCACGACUGCACGGAUAGGAGCGACGAGGCCAACUGCAGCCUGAAACACAAAGAAUGUGGGGGGCCGCUGACCGCCUUGGAGGGGCAUUUGUCCACCCCGAACCACCCGCAGCCAUACCCGCACCAGCAGCUGUGCCUCUGGCAGAUCUCGGUGCCCCUGGGCCACGUCAUCGACCUGCACUUCCACAACUUCAGCCUGGAGUCGCACGAGGACUGCAGCUUCGACUUCGUGGAGGUGCACGACAGCGCGGGCACGGGGACCGCCAGUCUCAUGGGCAGGUUUUGUGGCCACCAGCUGCCACCCACCCUGACCUCCUCACGGCACGUCAUGACCGUCCUCUUCGUGGCAGACGAGGGAGUUGCAGAUGAUGGGUUCUUUGCCACCUACCAAGCCCGCAAUGCCACGGAGAAAACCUGCAGCCCCGCGGAGUUUUCCUGUGGGAAUGGCGAGUGCCGGGCGCUGGAGUCUGUGUGUGACGGCUGGCACGACUGCCCCGACGGCACUGACGAGCUGAACUGCACCGGGGUGUCCUAUCCUGCCUUCGGGUCUGUCUGCGAGCCCGUGGAGGUGGAGAUGUGCCUGGGGCUGGGCUACAACGCCACCUCCUUCCCCAACAUCUGGCUGGCCAUCCCGGACCAGGAGGGAGCCGCCGAGGUGCUGCAGGACUACCAGACGCUGAUGGAGCUGGCGUGUUACCAGCACCUCCGCCUGCUCAUCUGCAGCCUCUUCGUGCCCAAGUGCAUCCCGGACGGGGGCGUGCUGCAGCCCUGCCGGGCCGUGUGCCUGGCGGCGGAGCUGCGCUGCCGGCAGUCCCUCGGCCUCCUCGGCAUCCUCUGGCCCAUCAACUGCAACAUCCUGCCCGACUCCAGCGACCCCGUAGAGUGCUUCCAGCCCUGAGCCGGCGAGAGGAGAGCAGCAGGGGCUGAACCACCCUCCCCACCCCAAAUGUCCCUCCUGUGCUCUCCCUGUUGUAAAUACCCAGCUGUUGGGGUGGCCCCUCAGCUGCCCUGGGGUCAGGCCCUGUGCCCAGUGCUUGCCGUGGUGCCUGGAUGCCACGGGCUUGCCCACAGCUCCAUUUCCCUAGAGAGCAGGUGACAUAUCCCACAGGCAAAGGCUUGUGCUGGAGGGGCACGAGGGAAAGGGUUAAUGCUCCUCAAACAGAGCAAGGCUGGGCAGAGGUGAGCCAGGCUGCAGGGACAGGAGCCCAGGGCUGCCCGUGUCCCACAGCCCCAAAUCCAGCAGAAUAAACAGCGUGAGCAGCUGACAAACCCAAAGGAGCAGGUGACUCAUCUGGGGUCUGUGUGGGGGUGCUGCCAGAUCCCAGGGAAACUGAGGAAUGGCUGGAGGGAGGGAAGGCAGGGAUGGGCAGGGA